AUGAGCGCCCAACGUUGCACGGACUUUGCCGAGCUGACGCGGUGGACCGAGGCCGAGCUGCGCGACGAGAUCAAUGAGCGCCACGGGAUGGUUCGAGUAAACCAAACGCACGGCAUGCUCGUCAAUUGCCUCUGCAACAUCCGGCAUGCGCAGCGGGCCAGCGAGUUGCGCCGACAGGAGUCGCAUCUUGCGAUUGCCUUUGCCAGCCUGCCCCUCGAUCUCACCAUGCGUUCCUUCCAUAGCGGGCUGUCGCUAGCGCGCAAGGCGGCGGAGAAGGGCUGCCUCCGCGACGAGUGCUCUAACUGCUGCUCGCUGCUGAAGACCAAGAAGCUGUACUGCAACACAGAUUGCCAAAGAGAGUUUGAACUGCGAUCCGCCGACGAUAACGGCCGGUCGCUGCGGGCGCGGACGCUCAAGCAAAGCGGCUACAAGUGCAGUAAUUGCGACAUCAAGGGGCUCAUCUCAAAGGCGAACAAGCACGUUGAGUCCACCCUCGCGCCGAGUGCGAGCCUGGCUGACUACAAGGCAGCCUACACCUCCUACUUCAAGAGCAGCCCGGAUUUUAAGGUCGCGCGGCUAGCCCCCUUCGUCCGCCUGCACAAGGAGAAAAUGCGCAUACAGAGGGGCUCGCUUCUGCAUGCGGACCACAUCCUCGCGGUUCGCUUUGGGGGCGGCUGCGCUGGGCUCGACAACAUGCAGAGCCUGUGCGCGUUCUGUCACAAGAACAAGUCGGCGGCUGAGGCGGUGGAGGCGGCGCGAGCACCCCGGUGUUCGAUUUCCGUCAAAACCGAGGAACCUCUUAGCGUCAUCGCCAUGGUGCUGCAAGCAGCGCCGGGCAACGACGGCUUACCGCCUCUGGCCUAA